AUGGCCAAGAGCAAGUUUCAGUACCUCCGGAACUUCGAGACAGACGACACCUGUCUGAAAACUGUUACAUCGUGGUGCGGUUGGAUGGAAGGAACCUCCACAAGUUGUGUGUGUUCGCCAGGUCACGUCAACAACCUGUAUAACACAGUGUUUUGGGCGUUGGUGCAGAAGGGACUCACCACUACACAGGCAGAGGACAGACUAAAGAGAACAUUGGCAGCAGAUAAGAAUGAAAUCCUGUUUUCUCAGUUUGAUAUCAAUUACAACAACGAGCCUCUGGUCCACAGGAAAGGAACCGUCCUAAUCUGGGAGAAGCUGGAAGAAACAGUGACCAAGAGUGUGAAGCUCCCCAACGAGGAGGAGGAGCAGAAACCUGCACAGUGGUUAACGUUGAACGUGGACAGAGUCGAGCCUUGGGGGAGUUUGUUGUACUUCCACAUGCUCCUGCUGUGGGAUGGAGGGGAAGCUGUCAUGGACUGUGUGGAUACUCUUAAUCACUAACUCUUGAUUGGAACAAACUGUCAGCGGUGUCAUAACUCAAACACCGUCAUGCUCUUUGCUCAUGUACUGUAUACAAGUAUCUAAAUACAGCCUUUUUAUGUCUGGAACCAUUAAACCAAGAGAAUGUAUAUUGUUGAUGAUGUUUUGCUGGUGGUGAUGCUGGCAUAUUAUAUCAUCAUAAUAAACUAGUAGGCUUAC